UUGGAAAAAGGAAAAGGAAAAGCACAAGACAAAAAGUGGAAUGCGAUGGCGGUAGGGCGUCGUUCGAAGACGAGAUUGAGCAACGGGGAGCGAUCGGUAUACUACUUCGCAAGGUGUUCUCUCUUUAUCUCUCUCAAUAAGAGUUCAUAGUUUAAACAACCAGAAAAGCAGAGAAGGGAGAGAGAGAGAGAGAGAGAGAGAAUCAGGAGCCAGAGAUCAUUGAUGAUGGAACAACAGAAUGACAAUAAUGAAGAAAAACAAGAAGAACAAGAACAUGUACAAAAAAUAUGGAGUUGGGGUGCAGGAACGGAAGGGCAACUAGGCACGGGUAGGCUAGAGGAUGAGCACCUCCCUCAACUGCUUCUUCAUCACUCCUCCUCCCUUCUUCCAUGUUCUGACCCCAUCUCUCAACUCGCCUGCGGCGGCGCUCAUGUUAUUGCCUUGACCUCCGGUGGGAAGGUACUCACUUGGGGAAGGGGUACAUCUGGUCAACUAGGCCAUGGUGACAUGGUAAACAGCUUAUGUCCAAAGGUUGUGAGUUCGUUGGAAAAUAACUUUAUUACCCAUGUUUCUGCUGGGUGGAGCCACUCUGGAUUUGUUUCAGAUGGUGGGUGUGUUUUUACCUGUGGGGAUGGUUCGUUUGGUCAGCUUGGGCAUGGGGACUACAGGACACAUUGCUCUCCUGUAAGAGUCUCAUACUUUGUUAAUAAGCAUGUUGAACAGAUAGCAUGUGGUAUGCGCCAUUCACUUGUUUUGUUGAAAGGUGGCUCAGGAGAUCAAAUCUAUGCAUUUGGAUCUGGGAAACGUGGUCAACUGGGGAUCUCCAAGGAUAAGGUCAAAUCAAUUAGUCUUCCUGAAGUAACUUAUGGAUUGGAAGGUGUCAAAAUUGUUAGCAUAGCUGCAAAUGGAGAUCAUAGUGCAACUUUAUCUGUUGAUGGGUGUCUUUACACUUGGGGAAGAGGGUUCAGUGGCACUCCAGGUGUUCAAUUUCCUCAGGUUUUACCUUCAUCCUUGCGGUUUACCAUAGUUGCUGUUGGUUGGAAUCAUGCUCUAGCAUUGACUGGUGAAGGGGAAGUUUUUAUGCUUGGUGGCAACUACCAUGGAGUCCUUGGUGAUCUUGAGAAAAUGAGCCCAGCAAAGCAAUUUCCUGCAGAUUCAAGAGAAGCUAUUCUGCAGAAGGUCCCUGGUCUUAAUGACAUAAAAACUGUGCAAAUUGCAGCUGGAGCUGAGCAUUCUGCUGUGGUAACAGGCAAGAAUACUUUUUCUUUUUUAAAUCCUUAUUUAUUUUUUACACUCUGUUAGUUGCUGAUAUAUAUGUGUAUAAUUGUGAUUGUAGAAAGUGGAGAGAUAAAAGCAUGGGGUUGGGGUGAACAUGGUCAACUUGGCUUGGGAAAUACAUGUGAUCAAACUAGCCCUCAGGCAGUGAGUCUGAGUCACACUCCCAAUGAAGCUACCGCAUUUAAAGUUUAUUGUGGAAGUGGGUUUACAUUUGUCAUCAUGACUCCCUGCAACCCUUCUCAAACUUGAUAUAUCCUUGCCGAGAAAUUUGACCAUUUGUCAUGGUAUCGAAAUAUCUUGCAAGGAUAUAUAGUUGCAGCAAUUUGUCCCAAACCUGAAUCAUUGAUUGCCAAUGUAGUUUGGUUUUUAACUGCAUCAUGCAGAGCCUCUGGCUCAACUACUAAAGGAUGAGGUGGGUUAGGGUUGGAAUAAGCUUAGGCAGAAAUCUUUCCUAUCCCAAAAUAAAUAAAUAAUAAUUGUAGAAUCAUCUAUCCAUAACUGCUUUUUGCCAAAUUCUUCAUUUGUUCAUAAUGAGAUUCACAUUGUAUUCACAUGUUAUCACAGGUUAUAUGUAUAUUCAAAAAAUGAUUAAUGAGAUCACUCAGUAUUACAUGGA